GCUGGGGGUGGGGAGCGGCGGGAGUGGUCAGCCGGCCAUCCCGGGCGCUUCGCCCGACGCAGCUGACCCCGGGAGGCUUGUGCGGCGGCCCUUCUUUCGGAUCCUGAGCAGCUGCCAGGCGGUCGGAGCGCUCCUCUUCUCCCGCGGCGGCGGCGUGGAGGCCGGCCGAGCCAGGCGCACCUUCCCGCGAGGCCUCGGGCCCACCGCUGCCUCUCUCUCGGCAGCACGUGGCCGGUUCGCGGCUCUUUUGGGCUCAGCUCCUGCCUCGGCCGGCCCCUUUCGGAGGCCGGCGGUCUUCUGCCUCAGGUCCGAACAGGCCUCCUGCCUGGAGGCCUGAAGGUGCCGCGCGGACGGGCUCGGGAACGCCCGCUAAGACGGGCCCCUCGUGCGGCUGGAAGCUGCUGUCCGGGGUUGGUGGGGCCGCUUUCGUGGCGGGGAAGGAAUCUUCCUUCCGGACGGUUCCUGCGGGACAAUAGUAAGAUGUGCCGGGAAGUUCAGCAGUUCAUUGCGUGCUACUUUAUUCUGGGGUGUACAAACUUCAUUUAUUUUCUAGGUUUGGGAGUAGUUGAGUUCACCAAGGAACUUUCGCAAAUGGUGAUUGAUGUACUUGUGCCGGUGAAUGUGCUGAUUUUGUCCUAUAACUUUCUUCAUUGGAUGAGACCUCUACGUUUUAGGAUUUUAGCAUAAAGAGUGCACUUUUUAAUCUAGAGUUUAUGUAAAUGACUAAGUUGUGAAUCAGGAACUGUACUUAUCAUUUCUUUACUUUGAUAAUAAGUCUUGCAAUUUUGUCUGUAAAUAUGGUGGUAGUAUUGACUUAUUUGUAGAAUUUAUUUUAGUAUCUUUUGCCUGAUCUAGCAUAACUUCAACCCUGCUUUUCUUCCAAUUAAUGGAUACCUAUGUUCUUACAUCAUUGUCAGGAUUGUCAGUAAUGAGCUGUUAGGUUCCAACUUAUUUCUUAAUGAAACUGUUGCGAGAUGUCAUGUGCAACUUUGGAAUGAGGUGCCUGUAAGUAUGUUUAUGACAACUAGUACUAAUGUUUCUUGCUGUCCAACUGCAAGGAGACAGUGGAUUCCCUUAUUAUAGCCUAAAUUCAGUAAUGAUCUGGAUGAGGCUACCCAAGCUAUGAUUAGAGCCAGGCAAGAUAGAAGUUGUUAGUUGUUGGGGAACCAGGCUUCAUAAUUGUGAUCUAGCCUAUUCUGAAUGCUGUCACAUUUCCCCUGAACAAGCAGGUCCACAGUCUGGGAAUGUACUUUGAUUACCAGCAUCACUAGAUUUCUAGGUGCUGACAAGGAAUGCAUUUUCACUACUUUGUUUAAUGUGCUAACUGUGACUACCCCUGGCAACAGUUGCACAUUCCUUAGUUUCAGCAGGGUUAGACUACUAUAAUAUUCUCUACACAGAUUUUUCCAGAGUUUCCAAAAGUUCAGUUGGUGCAAAGUGUAGGAGCUACACAAUUACAAGAUGUGAUUGAGGUAUCAUGAUAGAAUUACUGUGAAAAUUUUUGUUGCAGUGUUACAUUUCCUUAUAAUUUUUUAUUGUAUAGGUUUAAUCCAGUGUCUUUACAUCCAAGGUAUUUUAGCAAUGUUCCUAUUGUAAUUUUAACCCAAAUCCCUUUCUUUGUUAGGCAUGAAUGAUUUUGGCAUUGAUAAGAAUCUACUUUUCAAAGGCAGGUAACUUGGGUCAUCUCAUAGGAAGGUUACUUGUGGUUCACAAUCUUUCAAUUAUUUCUCACUUGUGAUGUCAUUUGGAGCAGGUAAAAAAACAGCAGACCAACCUAAUUGCAAAUGCGAUAUGAAGAUUAGGUUGUGGUGUUGGUGAUGAAGAUAAUUAUAAAUAUCAGUAAAUCAGGCUGAUAUCUGUAGGUACUUACUAAUGUAAAUAGAAUUUCUUCUCUCAUAGGCAGCAACUUAGUGUCAUUAGUUUUUUUUUGUUUUGCCUGUUCAAUUUGAAGAUGGACUUUUGAAAUACUUUGUGUGGGAAUUCAGUGUUCUGAAUAUGUCAUUUAUAAAUAUUUAUACUGUGAAAGAAACACCCAUUGGUGUCUGGUUUUUUGACUACAGGAUAGGACUAAGGAUUAGUAGCAUCUUUUUCAAUGUUCUGAUAUGCUUUGCAUACAAAAAAUCUCAAUUUGAAUCCCUACCAGCUCCAGAUAGGGCUGGAAAAAAUCUUUUUUUUAAAAGUCUGGAGAGCAGCUGCUAGUCAACAUAGACUGAGCUAGAGGGCCAGGGUCCAACUCAACAUAAGGAGUGUUACAUGUUCCCUGAAGUUUCUCUUUUAAGAAAUGUUGCUGAAUCUUUUUCAUCAUAGUAUUUCUAAGCAUGUUGAAUAAUUCUAGGCUUCUUUAUGCUUUCUGCCAGUUAAGAUGAAAGUUAAGAUUACUGAACUGGAAUCUUUAAAAACAUGAAAAUAGGGAUUCAGCUUAAACCUGAUAUUUCACAUCCAGACCUUUGCAGCCUCCAGGCACUGGGACCAGAUAGAGUAACAAUGUGAAGAGCACCCUAUCCACUUCAUGGCAGGCCCCAGGUCAAAAGGAAUCCCAGGUGCCAUGUUUCAGGACAUAGUGGGAGUACUGGGAAAGAAGAACUAAAGAUACAGCAUAACUUGAGAUACAGGCUAAGUGGAAAAAAAUUAACCUGUCUCUGAGGUGACUAAAGGGGAAUAAUGGUGAUUUUGCGCCGGGCUCGGCCGCCUGCUUCCGCCCCAACCAGCAAUGAAUCUUGACUCGCUCUCGCUGGCCUUGUCUCAAAUCAGCUACCUGGUGGACAAUUUAACUAAGAAAAACUACCGAGCCAGCCAGCAGGAAAUACAACAUAUUGUGAACCGGCACGGUCCUGAAGCAGACAGGCAUUUGCUACGCUGUCUCUUUUCUCAUGUGGAUUUCAGUGGCGAUGGUAAAAGUAGCGGUAAAGAUUUCCACCAGACUCAGUUUCUGAUCCAGGAGUGUGCAUCAUUGAUUACAAAGCCAAACUUCAUUUCAACGCUAUCCUAUGCUAUUGAAAAUCCAUUGCAUUAUCAGAAGAGUCUUAAGCCAUCACCCCAUCUAUUCACUCAGCUGAGCAAAGUUAUCAAAUUAAGCAAGGUUCAAGAGGUUAUUUUUGGCCUUGCUUUGUUGAACUCUUUCAAUCCUGAUCUACAAGUUUUUG